CCCCAAAGGAAUGAGGUCACGUGAGGCGGGGCGGGGCCUGGCGGCGGCUGGAGGAGGGAAAAAAAUUAAAAAAAAAAAAGGAGGAAAAAAAAUAAAAAAAAAAAAAGGAGGAGGAAGGAGGGAAAAAAAAAAAAGAAAAGAAAAAAAAAAAAGCGAGAGGAAAAAAAGGGCCGCGGCCGCAGCGCCGCGCCGAGCCGAGCCGAGCCGAGCCGCGGGAGCGGAGGGGCGGCCGCGGGGCCGCCGCUGCCGCCGCCACCAGAGGUGUCUCGGCAUGUUGGGACCCACUUGGGACCCCCAGGAAGAUGUGAACACGAGGCAGUGGGAGCUGGGCCAUUCCCAGGGCAGGGGGCUGCGUGGGGAGGGAGGAUCUGCCGCAGCGCUGCUCCAAAAUGCACAGGACCACCAGGAUAAAGAUCACCGAGCUCAACCCCCACCUGAUGUGUGCCUUGUGCGGCGGCUACUUCAUAGACGCCACCACCAUCGUGGAGUGUCUGCACUCCUUCUGCAAAACCUGCAUCGUUCGCUACCUGGAGACGAACAAAUACUGCCCCAUGUGUGAUGUCCAAGUGCACAAAACCAGACCCCUCCUCAGCAUCAGGUCAGACAAAACCCUACAGGACAUAGUGUACAAACUGGUCCCGGGGCUUUUCAAAGAUGAGAUGAAGAGGCGGCGCGACUUCUACGCCGCAUACCCCAUGGCAGAGGUUCCCAACGGGUCCAACGAAGAUCGCGGGGAAGUCUCCGAGCAGGACAAGGGGAACCUGACGGAUGACGAGAUCGUCAGCCUGUCCAUAGAGUUUUAUGAGGGGUCCAGAGAAGAGAAGAAAGGGGCUGUUGAGAACGGGGACCUGGAGAAGGAGAAGAAGAACGGGGUGCGGUUCCUGCGCUGUCCCGCCGCGAUGACCGUCAUGCACCUGGCCAAGUUCCUCCGCAACAAGAUGGACGUUCCCAGCAAGUACAAGGUGGAAGUCCUCUACGAAGAUGAGCCCCUGAAGGAGUAUUACACCCUGAUGGACAUCGCCUACAUCUAUCCCUGGAGGAGGAACGGGCCCCUGCCGCUGAAAUACCGCGUCCAACCCGCCUGCAAGCGGCUCAAGCUGUCCCAGCCGGCCACCUCCGAGUGCAUCAACACCAGCGGCGCCUCCGAGUGCGAGUCGGUCAGCGACAAAGCCCACAGCCCCGCCACGCUGCCCGCCACCUCCUCCUCCCUGCCCAGCCCCGGCACCCCGUCCCACGGCUCGCCCAGCUCCACCGCCGGCAGCGGCCCCGCCGGCACCGGCCCCGCGCUCAACGGCACCUCGAACUGCCACCCGCUGCCGCCCGCCACCAGCCGGUGCCGCAAAACGACUGUCAAUGGCAGCACGGCCUCCGCCUUGACCUAAGCAAGGCCGAAACAGGGACUCCUGGCUGGGUUUUAUAUAUCUAUAUAUAUUAUAUAUAUACAUAUAUAAAUAUAUAUGUGUACAUAGGGAGAAAAAAAAAAUUAUACAUACUUAUUUUCUAUUGAUUGACCAGAUUAAUUUAAAACGCAAAUAAGACACAUAAAUGUGGUUGAAUAUUUUUAAAUGAUUUGGGGUUUUGUUUGUUUGUUUCUUCGUUUAUUUUAACUUAUGUAAGCUGCAUGCCGGAGCUGGGAGCCACGCAGGUGCUGCUGCCUUCCUUGCUCCUUUUCUCUUAACACUCUUCCCUCUCCUCCCCAUCCCUCUCCCCUCGCGCCUGCUCAGAGCGAGACGGGGGCGUGAGCGGGGACUCCCGGCUGCACAGGUAAGGGCCAAGCACAGAAGCCAAAAAAAUGCCCCCCUCCAGCCCUGCCGUGCCCUGGGGUUUGGUUUUGUUUUGGUUUUUUUUGCCUUUUUUAUGUUUUAUUUGGGGUUCUUUUGGCACCAGGUUUGGUAACGUGGUGCCUGUGGCCCGCGGGGACCAGCGGCCCGUUUGUUGGCAUCGAGCAUCGCUCGCUGGCGUUGCCCCCCCCCCCCCCCCCCAGCUUUCCCUUGCCGUGCACGGUUCUGUUUCUAUUUUUGCUUUCCCUCUGCGGUCUCUGGACGGUGUUUCAGGCUCUGACCUAGCGAAGCCUCACACAGACGCUUCCCUUUGUGCACAGUAAGUAGGUUCUUUUUAUCCCCCCCACACACACACUUAAAAAACCCCGUGCUUGCAACUCAGCGCGAAGGACCAGCCGUACGGGGCGUAGGAGCACAAGCCCCGCUGAACACUGGUUUUUCCUUCCUAAGGGAGCUGCCGCCUCCCCGGGGCAGACGGGCAGUGCUGGCUGCCGACGGCUCCGGACACCGCCAGUUUUUGGCUGGGGGGCAUCUAAACCAUUGGGGUCCGCUUCGGCAGCGCUGGGUGAGCCCGCGUGGGACCCAGGGGCUUCAAAUGCCGCCGUCCUGCCCGAGCGCGUGGUGGGUGCAGCUCCCGGUCGGGGGGGUGCGGGUCCCCCCUCACCCCGCCGCCGGCUCCCCGCUCGCCUCCAUGGCUUCAAUGUCACGUUUCAGAGCAUUUAUUUUUGUCGUUUUUUCCUCCCCCCCACCCCGCCCUGUCCUUCCCGCCCUCUCCUCCCGCCCCCACAUUGGGUUUUUAAAAAAAUAAAAUAAAAAAAUAAGACUACAGUGCCUUUAGCCAGGAGGCUUCGGUGAGGGGCGAGCGUGGGAAGGUGCUGCCGUGUUUCGGGCUGGAGCAGAGCGGCACCGGCCGCCCGCGCGCGCUGGGGAAGGGACCAACUCUCUACAUUGACAAAAGAAAAAAGCACACGAGCCCCGGGGAGCGCCAACCCCGGGGGUUUCUCUCCAUCCCUUUCUGGGGAGGGGGACAAAUGACAAAAAAAAUAAAAAAGCAAGUGCCUGCAGCACCCGGACGGCACCCGACGGUCAGGCUGCGGCUGCGGCCGCCCGCGACGGCACGGUGAGAACCAAAGGAAAGCGGCACGGGAAUUGUAGGAACAGCCCGACUCCAAAGGUCAGGAAACUUGGGAUGUUGUUAUUGUAAUUUUUAUAUAUUUUUUUUUUUUUUAAAUUAUUCGUUUGAAGUACCGCACCCCCACCACGCACUCGACAGCCGCACCUUCGCUACAGCACAGCCCCAGGCUCCGCUGCCCUCCGGGCGCCGGGGAUGGGGCCUGGGAAGGGUCCCUGCGGGGCCCCGUUUGGUUCCCCCUUCCCCAUCCCCAGGCUGGGGCUGGACGAGGGGCUCGAAGUGUGUCGGGGGGCUCCAUUUGUCUCGACUUUAACACCCCUUUUCUCCUUGUAAAUAGGCCACGAUGGACUGAGGGAGGCAGCUGAAGUGCCUCGGUCUGGGGUUUGUGUGGGGCUCUUGGGGGGUUGUUUUGUUUUGUUUUUCCUAUAUGGUACAAACCAAAUUGCUCUGUAUGUUUGCAUCCUGUACGACGUUUUAAUGUCUUGUAAUAUAUUCUGAUAUUCAUAUAUCGUUAUUGGUUAAACAUUUGUAUAACUAUACAGCUUUGUAAAUGUAAUAAAUGCUGCAGACUGUC